AUGAACGACCCCCGCCUCAACGAGCUCCUCAAAUGGGGCGUCCAGAACUCCGAAUCCUCGCGCAACGACCCCAAUGCCCCAGCCGCCCCCUCAAACCUCACCCCCGACGUCCUGGCCGCGCUGCUGGGUGGCCCCUCAGACGCGGAUCUGAUGCGCGAGUCGAUGCGCUCCAUCACCUCCGACGAGAUCAGCCUCGAGAACAAGUUGGUGGCAUUUGACAACUUCGAGCAGCUGGUCGAGCAGAUCGACAACGCGAACAACAUGGUCGCCCUGGGCCUGUGGGAGCCGCUGCUGAAGCAACUGGAUAGCGAGGAGGCUGAGUUGCGCAGCAUGGCCGCGUGGUGUGUCAGCACUGCCGUCCAGAACAACGUCAAGGCCCAAGAGAAGCUCCUCGACAACAAAGCCGUCCCCACCCUGAUGCGUUUGGCCAUCGAAGACCCCGACAAGACCGUCCGCAAGAAGGCCAUCAACGCCCUGUCCUCUGUCACGAGAAACUUCCAGCCGGGCCUCGACGCCGCCGUCGAGAGCUUGCCCGAACAGUUCAAGGUCGACCGGAAGCUCGAUGCUGGCAACAUGGACGACGUCGACGUCGUCAUCCAGCGCCUGCGCGACGAGUCCGCGAACAAGGCUUAG